UUCACGGCGACGGCUCUCUUCAGUUCGGUUAGUGCUGUCUUUCGGUUCGGUCGUGUUUGCAAAGUGCUCUCGUUCGCGUGUGUGAAACCGCAUGAACGCCGCCGCCCCGUGCAUUUGCGCCUUCCCUUCGCCCAGCAAACACCCCUUGAUGCUACGCGCUGUAUGGUUGUGUAUGUGAAUUUUACUCCCCUUUCCACCCGUCGCCGUUGCGAUCGUCCACGGUUGGAUGAGGCUUUUUGGUGGAAAAGCUAUUUGCAUGAGUGUGGGUGCGUGCCCAGUGCCCGUUCAGAAAGAUCCAAAAUGUUGUUGAUGUGCCGUGAGGAGUGAAGAGAAAUAAUAUAGUGGAGUUUUUUGGCGAAUGGGAUAACGAUUCAAAAGGAAGAAAGGAUACACAAAACAAGGGAAGAAACAAGGAUACAUAGGGAGCACCGAAUCCCGAAUGAGUUGGGAAAGGAAGUGAAGUGGGAAGAAAAGUGUUGGAAGUUUUUUUUUCGGAAGGAGAACACGAAGGGCAGGCCAGAAGAGCCACAGUGAUGUGUAAAAAUUCGCUGCCCGUCGUCCGCCUUUUCCACCACGAUGGGAAAAUCCAAGUUUCCCGGUAAACCGUCGCGUUUGGUGAACAAGAAGCGCGUUUCGGUCCUGUCCGGUGCUGGGCUGAAUACCCUUGCCAGCGGUGCCAGCAGCGAUGAGGAUAAUAACCAACAGCAGCAGCAGCACCAGGAGCAGGAAAAUUCGUCGUCGACGACGGAAAAGUUGAAUCAAUCACUAAUACAGUCGCAACAACAGCAGCAGCAGCAACAACAAAAACAGAAUCAGCAGCCGUCGUCAGCGAAGGUAUCAACGUCGUUAUUAGACAAUGAAGAAAUUGAUCAAGAUGGCGAUGAUGAUGUUAGUAAGCACGCUGCCGACGACUCGGAAAACGGUGAGGACGACGAAGAAGACGACGACGACGAAGAUGACGAUGAUGAUGAAGAAGAUGACGAUGACGACGAAGAAGAUGAUGAUGAUCAUAACGGUGACGUAAUUGAUGACGAUCACACGAGCAAAGAGGAUAAACCAGAAACGGCAAUGAUUGACAAGCGACCAACCGUUAAAAGUAACGAUGUCGAGAGUCCUCUAAAUGGUGCGGCAGAAAACAUCACCACGAACAGCAACGAAAAAUCAUCGUCAUCACCAACACCACCGGCAUCAUCAUCGCCAACCGGAAAUAGCUUCGAAAUGAAACCAUCCUCGCUAUCUGCCAUCGGCUCGACGCUGGGCAAAGCGUCAACCGCCGUGAAAGAGUCAUCUCAUCAGUCUUCACCCAACAGCAGCACUACAGCCAUGACAAGUUCCUCGGUAACCAGUGAUAAGGCCACACCUGAACCCAACACCUCCGAAACUCCAGCAGCAGCAGCAGCAUCGGAACAACCUCCGAAACCGAAGAAGAAAUCCGUUACGUUCCACACCACGCUGGAGACCACCGACGAAAACAUCGUCAAAAAAGUGUACAAUCCUAGCACCGUACCUCUAACGCCGAUCAUCAAGAAGGAAUGCCUCGCCAGGCCCAUCAGGCUAAAGAAGAGCUUCAACCGGAAGAUGAAGAAACGGUUGCAGCGGCUAGCAAUGCAGGCCGCAGCGGCUUCUUCCAAAUCCGAGUGCAUUCUACGGCCGUCGCUGCUUUCGGGAGUGGUACAGAAAUCAACGGAACAAACGACCAGCAGUUUUUCGGCCGGUUCCGCCGGAAGUUUGGCCGCUUCGGGUGAAGCGUUGGCGGCGUCAGCAGCUGCCACUGCGGCAACAACACCCGCCCCGCCAUCAUCAACUGCCUCGCAGGAAACGGGGAGUAACAGCAACAGUGGGGGAGAAUCUUCAGAGGCUCGUAAUCUCGAAAGUGGGGGUACCCAGUUCGGUGACAAACGGUUUAUCUUGCCGAAGCGAAGUGCUCAUUCUAGUCGUGUGAUCAAACCCAACAAGCGGUUCCUGGAUGAAUUCGAGUUGGAAAUUAAGAAGAAGAACAAGGCAGCAGCUGCGGCUGCCGCCGCCAGUGGGUCGUCCUCGACCGGCGAUAGCAACAGUGGUGGGGGGAAGAGUUCUGGGAAUGAUAGUUCCAGUGAUAAGGUGUCGAAAAGUGAUGCAAAGGUGGGGAAUACCGAAGACAGUGCGAAGGUGGGUGGGGAAGAAGAGCACGGUGAUAAAAAUGAAGAGGGUAAGAAGAAACGGGAACAGGUUAAGAAGGAUGUGGAAGAACUGCAGCGGAGGAUAUCCAAGUCGGAUGCAAAAGAUGUUCCGGAAUCACCUAAAGAAAAUGGCGAUCAACCACCACGUCCACCAAGCAGUAUAAACAAUCCGUUUGCAAAAAAUAGCCUCCUUGACGCGAGUCUGUCUCCUUUGAACGCCAACGGAAGCAGUCUUAAACUGGUGAAACCAUCUGCACUCUCAUCCACCAGUCCAUCAUCUAGUCUUUUGUCCAACGCAGCAUCGUCCAGCCUGGCGUCGGCAUCGUCCAUCUUCGGUAAAAGUAUUCUUCGACAGCCUAGGCUCCAAUUCACCACAUCCUUGCUGAACUCCAAUCCGUUGGCAACACCCGGAGGCGCCAGUAGUGGAACCAGUCUAGCGCCAUCUUCAUCCCUUGUGCCAUCUGCCGUUUCGGAAGGUCCCUUUUCUCUACAUCUCAAGCCCGGUGCUAAACUGGAUUCGUCAAAAAUCUUCUCCAGUGCUUUGAACGCCGCAGCAGCACCUUCCACGCCGGUGGUUACACCCACCGCUUCCGUACCUAAUUGCAGUAUUUGUGGCAUUGCCUCCAACACUCGGUAUUACCAGCAGGCUUCGAAAAAGUUCGGAGUAGGUUGUUGCGACGUGUGUCGCAAGUUCAUCUCCAAGAUGAUCAAAAAGCUUGCCAGCUCGUCCAGUCCUACCAGCAGCAGUCACGCAACGAUGAAGUGCAAAAACGAAGGUAAAUGUUCGAUAGGUCCUCCACUGGCGACCACCCGAACGGACCACAUCAAGACGCGGCAUAUUUCCAAAGAGCGGUGCCAUGCGUGUUGGCUGAAAAAGUGUUUGGGGAGUUUUCAGUUACCUCCUGUUCUGAAGAUCCGGUUAACACAGACACUGCCGUUGAACAUGCGACAGGUUGAGACGAACAACUCGAACAGCCACUCGGCUAAAAAGGAACCGGUGGAGAAUAACAUCUUUUCGAACAGUUUGGUUAGUGGACAAAAUCCGGCUGGUUCCCGGAUACUCUGGCAUGCCGGGAGCAUGGAUAAACCCGAAUUCGCUAAAUCGAACUCGUUCCUGUCUCUGACAAAUCCACUGGUGCAAAACAAUACUACUUUCGGUAGUUCACCACCAAUUAAGUUGAAUACUACUGAGAAACCAUCGAUACUGGCGCCAAGUGCCCUAGGCAGUCCUAAGGGCAAUAAAAGUCCUUCAGUCCAGAAAGAGGAAGCUGUUCCAGCAACUAAAGAGAAGAAGGAAGAAGACUUGUCUAAACUAAGUGAUACGUCUAGUAAAACUGUUAAAACUAGGAGUAAGCUUGAAACAGCAGUUGUUACCACUACUGCAUCAGAUUCACCAGUAUCUAUUGCGAUAACUACAGCUGUGGCAACUACUCCCGUAGUGACAUCCAGCGUGACAACUACGACGGCAGCGACCAGUACAACAACUACUACGACCCCCACAGCAGCCGCAUCUCCUGCAAACGGCCAAGAUAAGCGACAACGAAUAGAUCUGAAAGGGCCUCGCGUAAAACACGUCUGUCGGAGCGCUUCCAUCGUACUGGGCCAACCAUUGGCCACCUUCCCGGAGGACGCAACGACACUCGAAAACAUUGAAACACCACCCAGUGAAAGCGUGGCCGACAUGGUUGAAGAUAACCUUGCUACCACAAAUUUGGAAACUCCAGUCGAGCAGGAACUUCCAAAUCCCGUUGAUCCAAUACUAUCGUGCGCCGAGUGCAAGGAACCGGAUGACUUGGCAUUGUCACCACCGGCCACUCCAGCCGAUAUGGACACCAGUGGAUCAACAGAGAAGGACCUGGUGAUUGAUGAGGAUCAACUGCCGGAAUCUAUCUCCAGCACUCCAACCAAGGAAGUGGAAAUUGCCAAGCCGCCUCCUACUCCACCGCCGACAGUGGUUAAGGUCGAAGUUGUCGAAGUAAGCAGAGAGAAGGAAGUACCCACUGCUAGGAAGAUCGAAGAAAUCGAACGACCGACCACCCGGAAAGCAACGUCCUCCAUUCGGCCGCAGAUUCUCAAGCAAAAUAUCAACGCUAUCACGAAGAGUUUCAAUACGAACAUUCGAGCUGCUGGAGGACAGCAAGCGGCUCCGGAAAUUCCCAGCGUGCCGUUGAUUUCGAUUGACUUCUGGGAGAACUACGAUCCAGCGGAAGUUAGCCGAACGGGGUUUGGUUUAAUUCUUUCGGAAGAAAUUCCCAUCAAAGCAUUGUGUUUUCUCUGUGGAAGUUCCGGUUUGGAUGAGUUGUUAUUUUGUGUCUGUUGCUGUGAGCCGUACCAUCAGUAUUGUGUGAAGGACGAGUACAACAUCCGGCAGGUAUCGCUGGAUGAUACCAAUGUAAGUUUGCUGGAGUUGACUAGCACGACAAUGAAUGCCGGGAGUUCUCCCCAACAGCAAGCGCUGAAUCGGUUCAACUGGAUGUGUCCAAGGUGUACAGUGUGUUAUACGUGUAAUAUGGCGACCGGGAGUAAGGUUAAGUGUCAGAAGUGUGGUAAGAAUUAUCAUACGACUUGCUUGGGGACGAGUAAGCGAUUGUUGGGAGCGGAUCGACCAUUGAUAUGCGCUGCAUGUCUCAAAUGUAAGAGUUGUUCAACGACUAAUGUGACCAAGUUCAUCGGUAAUUUGCCGAUGUGUACACCCUGUUUUCGAUUACGGCAGAAAGGCAACUUCUGUCCGCUUUGUCAACGAUGCUACGAAGAUAACGAUUUCGAUCUGAAAAUGAUGGAAUGUGGGGAUUGCAAGCGUUGGGUUCAUGCCAAGUGCGAAGGACUGACCGACGAGCAGUACAACAUGUUAAGUGCCCUGCCGGAGAACAUAGAAUUCAUCUGCAAAAAGUGUGGUAAGAACAAUGAAUGUGCAAAUGUCUGGAGAGAUGCCGUUGCUGCGGAAUUCAAAGCCGGUCUUCUGAGUGUGGUGAAGUUACUGAGCAAAAGCAGGCAGGCAUGUGCCCUUCUUAAGUUGAGUCCCCGGAAGAAAACCAACAACUGUACGUGUUCUAUCAGUACGGGAAAAAGUAUAUCAUUCUAUGGCUUUGGCAACAAAGAUGAAGGCAACAUGAUAACUAAGAAGGCCAAACUCGACGAAGAUUCUAUUUAUGAUUUCAACAGCGAGAACAGCAGCAGUAACUCGAGUUUCCCACCAACUACCAAGUGCUAUUGUUCCGUUAGACCUUCCAGGCCAUCGGAUAUCAGUUUGGUGGAGAUCAAGCAGAAAAUCAAUGCCAACGAGUACUACUCACUGCAGGAUUUCAACUACGACAUGAAUUCUCUCGUCAAUUCGAUUGGUUCUGAUGAACUCUCGACGGCGUACAAAGAAUUCCUUAGCGAGACAUUUCCUUGGUUUCAGAACGAAACCAAAGCUUGCACGGACGCUCUGGAGGAAGCUAUGUGCGGAGAGGAGAUGGGAGAUUACAGUCAUGUCGCAGGUAUGGUUGUAGAACCCGAUCAACGAGUUCCGAGCAUUGACAUCCCAUUGGAUGAAAUCGAUGACUACUUCUAUGAAUCGCCGGAUAUCAAGGACAACAGGAUAUGUAUGUUCUGCAAGCAACUCGGCGAAGGUCUUCCCUUACACGAAUCUCGACUUUUAUACUGUGGUCAAAACAAUUGGGCCCAUACCAAUUGCGCUCUAUGGUCCGCGGAGGUUUUUGAGGAAAUUGAUGGAUCCCUUCAGAAUGUCCACUCAGCAGCUUCCAGGGGCAGACUCAUAAAAUGUAGCCAUUGCAACGUGAAAGGCGCCACUGUUGGAUGCAACGUUAAGAACUGCGGAGAACACUACCACUUUCCGUGUGCGAAGCAAGCGAAUUGUACCUUUAUGCAAGACAAAACUGUGUACUGCCCGCAGCAUACCUCGGAAGCCAGUAGGAAAAAGUGUCAGGCGGAGAAAAAUUUCGAGAUCAACCGAUCAGUUUACGUAGAGCUGGAUCGACGGAAAAAGAAGUUCGUCGAGCCCUCAAAGGUGCAAUUUAUGAUCGGGUCGUUGAGUGUGAAGAAACUGGGCCACAUCGUUCCGAUGUUUAGUGACCACUCGGAUGCAAUAAUUCCCACGGAUUUUGAAUGCACUCGUUUGUACUGGAGCUCGAAGGAACCGUGGAAAAUUGUCGAGUACAAAAUCAAGACGACCAUCCAAAAUAACAACUAUUGUCACGGAACGGAUUUCGGACGGAACUUCACGGUUGAUCAUACGCUCAAUAGCAGUGCGGUGUCGUGGGGUUUGACGCAGAUUUCCAAAUGGCAUAGCAGCUUGAAUAACGAUGAUCAGGAAGCGGAACCUAUGCCGAGUACGUCUGGGUUCCAAAGGGAGAAAACAAUGAAGCAGUUGUUGGAAGCGGUUGGUGGACCCGGAGAUGACACCAACGAUGAAGAGCCACAGAAUAACAACGAUCUUCUGCCCCAGGAAAUCAAGGAUGCUAUUUUUGAAGACAUCCCGCAUGACAUUUUAGACGGAAUCAGCAUGUUGGAUAUCUUGCCGAAGUUGAUGACGUACGAUGACCUGAUCGCGAUGGAUCUUAAGAAUGAGAACAAUUUCAAUGCGGAGAUCUUGAAAGAAGUCGGAGGAGUCAGCAGUAGCGGGAGUAGCAGCAACAGUAGUAAUGCUACAGGUGGAUCCAAAGAUGAUGACAUGGAAGUCGAUGAAGACGAUAUCAACGAGGCUAUCAUGAAGUGCAGUGGUGAGUUGAGCAAUGACGGUUGGAUGAAAAGUAUAUCACAACCGGGAAUUGAGGAUGCGUUGUUGAGUGCCAUCAAGCAGCCGUCGUCUAGUCGAGAUUUGAAGCGAAGCAAAUCGGACAUUUUGUCUCGAGCUGUUGUAGGCGGUCGCGUUGCUGGACAGCGAUCGGGAAGCUUUUCUUGGAACUCUAAGUUAGAAUCAACGGCAGCAGUAGUAGCCAAACGAAGAAAAAUAAGCAAACUUGCUGAUGUCCUUUCGCUUGGUAGAAUCAAAGAUGAACCCUCUGGAAGUAUGCUGGAACGAAGGAAAUCGCUACCGAAUGAAGAGUUCACCUGGAGUGCAACUAAGAAAAGCGCCGGAGAAUGUUUGAGUGAAGGGAUGAACGUUUUCGAGAAAUUGAAGAUAUCUCAAUUAGAUGGAAUGGAUGACUUCUGUGGUGAUUCUGUAGAUAUGAAAAUCUAUUCCUCGAACAUGAUUGAGGCUCCGGUGAAAUGCGAUCGUUGCCAUGCAACAUAUCGUAAUCAGGAAUCAUACCAAAGACAUUUGAAUUCUUGUGAAGUCCUUUCAACAAGUGAAAGCGAUUCCGAGACACGAUCGCCACGAUUGCUUAGUCCUGAACAACAGCAAGCACAAGUUACAAACCAGUUUGGAGCCGGAACAUUCAUUUUGCCACAAACCUCAUCUGCUCAAACAAUAACAACCGAUAUGUAUGGAAACAUCAAUCAAAAUCAAGCAACGAAUCCCACUAUUUCUGUGAUAUCCGGUCUGAAUAAUCAGACCAUUAAUUUGAACAACCUGAAUAAUCAAGCAAUUAUCUCGAAUAUACCUGCUUCGAUGCCGAUCACUAUCAACCAGCUACCAUCAGGUAUUCCAAUCCAAACUUCAGCUGGUACUCAACAAAUUCCGAUUCAAGGAACACUUUCUAACCUUGGCGGAAACAUGAUCAUUUCAAAUCAAGGCCAAAUAUUUGCUCAACCAGUGAACUUCCAACAGUCGCUCGACAACCAGCAAGGUUUCGUACAAAACAAGCAGCGAUUUAUUCAGCCAGCACCUGCAAACCAACUUCCACAGACCAUCUCGAUUGGAAAUAAUUUGGUCAACACAGGCAAUACGAUAAAUAUGCUUCCACAGCAGCAGCAAAUCAUUUCUAUUGGACCUAACGGUCAACCACAGAUACUUACUGUAACGGCUCCGCAACAUCAGCAGCAGCAGACGUCCUUAAUUCAAAAUACUCCUAAAAAGCAAAUGAUGUUUCCGACGGUUUCACCUAAGAAACAAGUAAUUUCCAAAAUAUCGCAUGGCCCAACGCCUAUCAAAGCGAAGAAAGCGAAUCCAACAUCAACGGUUACAUCCUCGAAAAAUACUAUUCACAUCAAGAAACAGGAACCUAUUGCAAUUCAGCAAGCUCCAACUCCACAGCCUCAACACAUCCAAACCAUCGCCCAACCAGUCUCGGCUCAACAGCAACAACAGAUUCAGCUCAUAAACACCUCCUACCCGCUGAUAAGGCCUGCCAGUGCCGCAACACCACAACAGGCCACAACUACGUCUGGAAAUCCUAUUAUAUUCCAACAACCCAAUCAACCAAUCAUUGUUCAGCAAGUUGGUGGAAAUCAGAUAUCAUACGUGGCGGAUCAAAACCCUGUCCAAUAUUUAGCGCCUACAAAUGUUCUGACUCAGAAUGGGUUUGCUAUGACCACGGCCGGAGACGGUACCCUAGCGGCAGCGACCAACAACAUCCUCAUUCCUAAUGGAGCCGGCGGAUACUCGAUGAUACCUGCCAGUGCUCUGCAACUGGCGGCUCCUCAACCGCAAGUCAUCGGUACCAUCAUUCAACCGCAGGCGACCACCAUUCAAUGCGGAAUGAUGUCCACCGAACAAAUGGUUCUGGGAGCAGCGGCCACUCCGACUCUUGAAAUGGUUACAGAUCCAACUUCUGGAUGUAUGUAUUUGACGAGUCCUCCAGUAUACUACGGGCUGGAAACAAUAGUUCAGAACACAGUGAUGUCUUCGCAGCAGUUUGUUUCGACAGCUGCAAUGCAAGGCGUUUUGAGCCAGAAUUCGAGUUUUUCUGCUACGACGACUCAAGUAUUCCAAGCGAGUAAGAUAGAACCCAUCGUUGAAGUUCCUACGGGCUAUGUAGUACUAAACAAUGACGGCACUACCACGCAGCAGAGUUUAGCUCCAAUGCAACUCCAGACUUCAUCGGGUUUAAUUCAGCAAGCCCAAAUUCAGCCAUCACCUGUAACCACACUAGCUCCGCAAACUCAACAACUUCAAGCAACCGUCACUACAAGUCAACCGACGCCAAUCCAGGCAUGGAAAAUCGAACCACAAGCUACAGUUGUUCAGCAGCAGCAGCCGCCUCCAGCUCAAACUACUAUUAUGAAUCCUAUCAAAAGUACAACUACAGUUAAGAACAUCAUUCCGAAAUCGCAGUCGCAGCUGGUAAAUAAAGUGAUGCCCAACACACUUAUUAAAUCCUCACCGGAUCAAGUAAGCACAUCGAUGGGACUCCACAAAAUCAACCUGCAAUCCGCAGCAUCCGGCGCUGUAUACACAACGACAGCCACCAUGACCACCACUACCAAGGUAUCCAAUGUAAUCAAGCCCAUUACCAAGACUAUCAACCAAAACAAACCGAAGAUCGUUGCAAAACCUGUAAAACAGAAGUCCUUACUUCUUUCGCCUCCCCAUACACCUACGCUACAAUCCUUGCAACUGAAUCAACAGCAAACAGUUCAGCAUGUUCAGCAAUUCAAUCUCCCGGUCAGCGUCAGCUCUCAACCCCAAAUGGUCCCGGUAAAACCAAGUAUUAACAGCGAGAUGAUCUCCCAACCGAUAACCAGUACGACAUCGAAGAUCGCGACUUCUCAGAUGAAAAAUACCAUCGAUUUCAUUCCAACGGGUCAACCUGUGAAGAGUAAUUCAGACAGAAAUUCCUUGCUGAAAAAGCCGGAAACAAAACCGUUUUCCCGGAACGUCUCCAGCACUACGUUCCCAGCUAGUCAACAACAACAACAACAGUCCAUUCAGAUCAACGCUAUUCCAACCGCCGUUUAUAAUCACGACAUCCAACAUCAUCAACAACAAAAAUCUCUACACCCACAGAUCGAUAACAAGAAGAAACCUUCACAAAUUACAAUGUCGAUUGCAACGACCAGUUCUUCACCUGUAUCAUCUAUUCCGGGGUCAGUCUCGAUGAGCAACUCAUCCAUUACGAUCACUCCGACGCAAACCGCAAGUAUCACGCUUCCGAUGGCACCGUAUCCGAUGCCGUUAUAUUCGAACAUUCCCACCAAUGUUGUGAAUCCGAUUCAACAAUCCGUCAACAACAGCAACAGUAAUACUAAUACCGCAACCGGCACAGUUCAAAAUCGUCCAACGAAUCGUGUGCUUCCAAUGCAAGCAACAGCGAUCCUACCUAAAUCGCCGGAAGUUCCGCAAACCCCUCCACCUCUGAAAAUACCCAACGCUUUGCCGGACAAGAUCGACGAAAUAUCGAUCAUUCCUAGUCACACGUUCAGUCCGGAACCACCACCGACGCUGAAUCAAUCUCCAGGCCUCAAAAUCGGGUCUGAAAAGCAACUCAAAGAACCCCGCCUUGAAAUAGAAAUUAAACCAAUCGAGAUCGGUCAGGUUCUUCCGCCAUCCGAGGAUCGUAGAUUCAACGCUCUCGAUACACCACCACCCCUUACGACGGAAGAACCACCUACCUUCCAGUUGAGUCUGAAUAUCGACCAGAACGGUUCAUUGAUUCCGAUGUCUACCGUAGACGCCAUGGAUACCGUCACCUCUAGCACGUCUCCUUCAUUUGCUCCAACAAUUGCCGAGAUUGAGAUCAAACCCGUUCUUCAAACGCCGGAGCCGAUGGUGACCACUACAACCCAGUUGGAAAUGGACGCCAAAUGUGAACAGCUACUGACUGAGACGGAGGAAAUGCUUGCCGAAACCAUGCAGGAAGAUCCACUGGACGUUCGCAGUGUGGAUUCAUCGAGCAUGAACGACGAAUCCGAGUCUCCCGAAAUCAAGAACAAAAUAUCCGAGAUUCUGGACAAUCUGGAACAGCAGACCAACGAGGAGGACGGUUUCAGCGAAUGCAAGGAAUCCGACAGUUCGGAAUUGUUGCUGAAGAUCGAGGAGACUAGCGGUCUGGACGGAUCGUCGAGUUCGCUGAAAAGCCAAGAAGAACAACAGCUGGUGGAUGAGCUGAAUCAGGAGCUGCAAGCUAGUGCACACGCAUCUCCAGCUGCUUCCUCUCAUGUCUCGGAGUUGAUCAUUCCUCCAAUUUUCGAAAGUGACCCGAAGAAAGACGAUGAUUCUGGUUAUGACGCAGAUCAUAAGGAAAACCUCGAUCCGGUUACGAACAUGUCCAGCCGUCCCCCGAGUUCCAACAGUAACCUCCUGACCGGAAGCGAAUCGCAUUCCGAAGAACUAGUCAAACAAAAAUCCGGUCCACUCAUGUCCAUCAGACCCCCGAAAACCAACAGCCCUAAACUCUUGUACGAGAUUCAAUCGCAGGAUGGGUUUACCUACAAGUCAACAUCGAUUGUCGAAAUCUGGGACAAGCUGUUCGAAGCGGUUCAAACGGCGCGGAAGGCGCAUGGUCUCCAACCGCUCCCCGAAGGACAGUUGGAGGAAAUGGCCGGCGUACAGAUGUUGGGACUGAAAACGAACGCCAUCCGGUAUCUGCUCGAACAGCUGCCGGGUGUCGAGAAGUGCUCCCAGUAUCAGCCUCAAUAUCACAAAAAGCUGUCCGCUGAUGGAAGUUCAAACGGAACCGCUCCGGUGGCGUCCAUCUACGCAGAUUACUUCGAUGACAUCAAGGAGAAUCCGUACGGUGCGGCUCGAUGCGAGCCGUACAGUUCUCGGUCCGAGUACGACAUGUUCAGCUGGCUGGCAUCCCGACACCGGAAGCAACCGAUGCCGGUGGUAGCCCAGAGCAUCGAUGACACGGUGAUACCAAGGCGAGGCAGUGGUAGCAACCUCCCAAUGGCAAUGCGUUACCGGACGCUGAAGGAAACGUCCAAGGAAUCGGUAGGAGUCUAUCGGUCACACAUCCACGGUCGCGGUUUGUUCUGCAACCGGGACAUCGAAGCUGGCGAAAUGGUAAUCGAAUACGCCGGCGAGUUGAUACGUUCCACCCUGACGGACAAACGCGAACGGUACUACGACGGCCGGGGCAUUGGCUGCUACAUGUUCAAAAUCGAUGAGCAUUUCGUCGUGGACGCAACGAUGCGGGGCAACGCAGCUCGUUUCAUUAACCAUUCGUGCGAGCCAAACUGCUACUCGAAGGUCGUUGACAUACUGGGCCACAAGCACAUCAUCAUCUUCGCCCUCCGGCGGAUCGUCCAGGGAGAGGAGCUCACGUACGACUACAAGUUUCCCUUCGAGGAUGUAAAGAUUCCCUGCUCGUGCGGGUCGAAAAAGUGCCGCAAGUACUUGAACUAGUCUUGCGACGGACGGCACUGAGCUGAGGUUUUUUUUUUGGAAGCAAUAAACAGGUGUGACCGACCAUCAUCGCCAUCGGAUACAGGACGAUUUAAGGAAUUUGUUUGCAUGAAACUACCAAAGGUGCUGUUUUGAGGAGGUAAGAUGAGGAUGGGAAGUUUUCUCGUUAAAGAGUAAGAUGAUAACGUGAUAAUUUAGAAUGCAUCACAGUGUAACAGGAAACGCAACAAGUUGAGUUAUUGUGUUUUUGUGACAGGCGCGAUAAGGUGAAAUGUUUCAUUUUUUAUUGAAACCUAAACGUACAGUCGUGUGUUUGUAGAUUUGGGAAAAUAGUGUUCUCAUAAUGCGUGUAUACAACUUAACUAAAUUGUGAGUUUCAAUUAUGUAGUUGCAUUAGCAUUCACAUUACUUGCAAGAAACAAUGAGAGAGGUUCGACGGUAUUGCUCCGUUUGUAUAUAGACUGGUCGUUAUAGAUGUGCUUCUCUGUAAUAGAUUUCGAUUGUAGGACCCAAAAAAUCAGAUACCGUACAUUUUAUCAGGUCGAUCAAAAUACAAAACAGAAGCUUUUAAUCUUCGAAGAUGAUGCAUGGUUCAAGUCGAAUAGCGAUUCCGUUUACAAAAUUUAAUAUAGUUUUUGGUAAUAUUUGACACUUGUUUAAAAAUCAGAUGAUAGAACUUCCAUGGCAAAAAGAGGUUCAAACAUUCUCGAUGAUUAGACAACUUUCAAGGAGAUUUUUUAAAACUAAAAACACAGAUAAACAGACGUAACACUGGUAAAAUGUCCAUCGAUCACGCUUUUAAUGAUCAUUUCAUAUCUUUAUAGUUGUACCCUUCACUACCAGAGGCGCGCGCAACGUUCUUCGUUGUUUUUGACGUUUCACACUGGCGCCUUCUGUUAAUGUUGUUGCACAACACAGUAUUUCGUGCGAUAUGUAAACAGCUGGGCGAUAAAAUUUCACGAAAAUUAUUUUAGGUGUUGGUGUUACGGUUGUUUGUGCUGAAAGCAUCUAUCAAUACGAAUUCAGAUUUGAGCAUACUUUGCUCUGUGAGUCUAAAUCGAUGCAUGCCAUUCGUAAAUGAAUUGUUGCCAUCUAUAGAUUUGAAGGCAUUUUCUUCGAAUAGGUCUGUGGUGAUGAUCACUAUUAAACCGACGUUGCUUACCAGCGAUCAUUUAUUUGAUCUGGUUAUGAUUGUAACAUCGAUCCUUGCUGCCUCUCUUUUAAAAGGCCCAAAUACAUUUUCCAUGAAUUAGCUGUCAAUUACGAUGUUAUCAAAAUUCAAUGUGUAUACAUUCUCCAUUUCGUGAAAGAUAAAAAAAAAACUCCAAGAAGUCUUGACAUUUGCUUCGUAAACCCUUCUACUUCAAGUUUUAGUUCGGUGAUUGCUUUAUUGAGCUCUUUCGAUUUUUUCUUAAAUUCCACUUGGAUUUGUCCAAUAACUUUCUCCAUCAAUUUCUUCAUAUAUCGCUCAACGAGUUCUUCCAGGUUUUCCUUCACGGAAGUCUUACAGAAUUUCUCCAGGAAAACGUUCAGGUAUUCUUCGGGGAUUUCCUGUUUCUGCCGCAAUUGGCAUUCUAGCAAAUAAGUAUUAUUAGUUAUUUUAGGUAUUUUCCUGAAUUUAUAAGCUUCAGAACGCUUCUCAAGUAUCGACAAAUCAAAAUGAUUCAGAAAAUCGCUAUUCGACUUUGCACACCAUCGUUUAAACUUUGGUGAACCUAUUUCACAGACAAACAGACGUAAAAUUUGCGAACAGAUUUUAAAGAAACAUUUUUAAAGUGAACCUUCACGAAAAUCAAAACUGACCACAGCGAAGAACAUGUAAAGCGGAACAUUGUGGAUUCCCAAAUGUUUGUCUAUGCUGAAAGUGUUGAAGCCAAAUUCUAGAUCGAACUAUCAAUGUGACCAAUAAUAUCAUGCAAAAUAAUACACGCAACAAAUAGUUUGAAUGUUAAAAAAAGGUAAAAACCGUAAAAACAUACGCUGAAAAGCAACUAAACACAUAUGUACACACAUUCAAUCUCUCAGAUUCCAAACCAUUCAACGGUAAUGAAAUAGUUGUGUAGAGACAAAUUUUAUCACAUUUCAACUUAUGGACUUUAGAUUUGGUAGAAGUUUUACUUGCUGUCGUUUUCAAACAAACUCAAUACCAGUGGAAAUUGUGAAGUGAAAUAAUGUACAAAAAAACAACUGCACUUUUACUAGCUCUUAAAAAUGAUGUACAGUAGAAGAAUUUCGCUUUGGUAGUGUGGGCAAUACAUGCGCAAGAUAAAUAUAAUCGCUCAAAGUACAUCAUGUUUUCGAACACAAAUAAAUAGUGUCUGGAAAUGUCUUAAAUAUCUGUCAACGGUUGAAGGUUGUAGUAUUACUGACUGUUCAAAAAAAGAAAAAAAAAACUAUAAAUAUACGCAUUUUAUUCCCAUCUCGCCAGUCAAAUAUGUAGAAAUGAAAACAAUGGCAGCAGACUGUACAUAAUCGACUAUCCUUAGUUUUAUCCAAAACCAACAACCUAAAUUUUACAAACGCUUUUAUAGACUUUUAACUAUCGACAUAGUGUCUAAUUUUCUGUGUUUCAACAGGUCUUGCAAACUUGAAGCUAUUAUUUAUAUUGUAAAUCUGAAUAAGUUUGGUUGGUUCGAGUGGGUUCAAACGGUCGGGAAUCGCUCUGAGUGUGUUCCUUGGAACCUUCCUCUGCGAAGAAAACACUGAUAAAUCAGUGGAAACGUUAUCUUGCCAUUUCAGUCUUUUUGUUUUUACCUUCGUAUUAUUUAAACAACUAGGUACGUCUGCAAAACAUUAAAUGUUUUAUGUAAGUCAUCGCAGCGGAAAAAACAGCUGCUCUACAUUUAAGCAUUAUUUAUGAUAACAUAGACAAGCCUAACAGUUUUUCGUGCUAUAUAGACAUUAUAUUUGUAAAUUUGUAGCUAAAGUACACACACACACACACAAACACUCUUAACUGUAGAAUCGAAUGAAUAAGUGAAUCAAAAACUAGCGUAGAUUGAGUUUUUAAUGUGAUGUAACUGCUUCCCGGUUACAGCAUAUUCAAACAUGGUGAAGUGAAAACAAAUGUGAUACUAACUGAAAAGUAAUUUGUGAAAUCUUAACUUAAUUGCUACUAAAAUAACGUUUAACAGACAAAUUAGAAAUGCAACACAAGAAAAGGAUAUUAUUAAUUGAUAAUGAAACUACCGUAGUGGACAAAGGAAAAAGCAUGCGUAGUUAAAAUUGUACAACACGAACACUUAUACACGCCGACUUUAAGCUACAUACACACACAAUAAACAUCCACUUAAACAAACCACACAAAAUAGAUUACAAAUUCCGUAACUCAUUGCCCCUACUGGAUAAUGAAUCUAUUUGGAGCUCUGAGCCCACAUAACAUAUGAUACUUCUGAUCCGUGUGUAAGAAAAAACAACUAUCUCUUGUCCCAAAAUAAUAAAAACCACUCAAUAGAGCUAGCCCACAUUGGCAAACUGACACACACACAGGCACACGUACACAAACGAGAAGUGUUUUGAUGGGAGGCGAUUCAUUCGAUCGUGUAAAUCUUUGGCUUUACCAACCAAUAAUGGCAACAAAUACACUAAAUACUAUUAAUUACCACGUGCAUACAUACAUGAAUACAAAAAUAUACUACCUACUACUACUACUAUUACUACUACUUAGGAACGUAAUUGCAGUUUAUUAAGUUUAGGUUUCUUUUUCUCAUUUGAAGUAUUAUGUUGAAUUGAACAAUUUGAAGCGAUAAAAUAAAACACGUAUUUCAAGUCAUGAUUCA